AAAAAACGACUUGUCGUUUAAUGAGACAACUGAAGCUACGCACCAGCGCGUGAAAACUCUUUCUUCGGAUUAAGGCGAAAACCAGAGUCAGUGUACUCCUUCCCUUCCCUUCUCUCUAUCUCUUUCCCUCUCUCUAUCUCUACUUUCAGGGUUUCGUUGAAAUUCCCAGUAUGAAUGCAGUAACGCUCUCUAAUACAUUGCAGCUAAACUAUCCCAUUUUCAAAACUCAGCUUCAAUUUCCAUCAAGACCAAUUUUUUUGCAACCCUCUUCGACCUGCCGGAGAAGCUUCAGACGCUUGAUUCGACGGUCGUCUAUGGUGGUCGAGACUGGCGUGGAAGAUUCAAGCGGAACUGUUUCUGAGGAAGACAACAAACCAGAAACCCCUUCGUCCCCAACUGAGUCUGUAGCUCGACGCCUUAUUCUCCUUCGACACGCCAAGAGCUCAUGGCGAGACCGUUCGCUACGAGAUCAUGAUCGGCCUCUGAGUAAAACGGGGAAAGCUGAUGCUAUCAACGUAGCUCAUAAGCUCCAAGAAUUGGGUUGGGUUCCUCAACUUAUUUUGUGUAGUAAUGCAUUGAGAACUAGGGAGACGCUUAAAAUUAUGCAGGAAGAAGUUGAAGGGUUCUUGGAAGCCCAAGUACGAUAUGUUUCAAGCUUUUAUUCUGUUGCAGCCAUGGAUGGACAGACUGCUGAGCACCUUCAACAAGUUAUAUGUAGAUAUUCAAGUGAUGAGAUACUUACUGUUAUGUGCAUGGGACACAAUAAGGGCUGGGAGGAGGCAGCCUCAAUGUUCACUGGUGCCUCCAUAGAACUGAAGACAUGCAAUGCUGCUCUGCUUGAAACUACUGGGAGUUCAUGGACUGAGGCAUUUGCUUUGGCAGGACUUGGUGGGUGGAAGUUGCAGGGUAUAGUGAAACCAAGUAGCUAGCUAGUACUACUUAAAGUUAACUAUAUAAUCUUAAAUACUAACCAAAACGAAAAUCUUGCCCCUUAACACAUCUCAAGCACUAAGAAGUUCAGAUCAAUGCUUUGCAUCUUUUGAUAAUUCUUCUUGCUGAUGAUAAAUUCUCCUUCCUGAGAGUUGUGAAAGUGGCAAGAAUCUAGACUCGGGGCUAGCAAUCUGGAUAGAUGGGAGCAGGACGGUGUCGUCGAAAUCUAUUCAAACUCACCAUUGGUUCGUUUGUAUUGACUGUUGGUGAAUUUUUCCACCUGGAAAUUUGAAGUGAAACUUGGUAAGACUGGUUGUAAAAGUGCAAGAGCUGAAACUGUGUGCUCGUUCUUUGAUCUAUUCUAUUUUUAUCGUUGUAAAAAGUAUCCAAGCUAGCCAAGUGUAAAAGAUACAAAGUUAUCAUUGAGAAUUUUAUCUUAAUAUUAUCUGCUAAUUAUCGAGA